AUGAAUAGACUUUUAUUUAUUCAUUUAUUUUUAUUGGUUGCACUUUUUGUUACCAAUGCUGUCAAUGCUGCUGUACCCAAGAAAAAACUUUUUGAUCAAAGAUGUCGAAUUGAUAGAACCAAUGUGGAAAAAAUCUUUGUAAGUGUAAAUCCGGAUCCAGUAGUUGCCGGAAAAAAUGUUACUUUUAGUGUUUCAGGAUUUCUAAGUCAAGAUAUUGCGGAUAAUGGAGAGGUUAGGGUUAGUUUUUUUAGUGUUUUAGAGACCCAAAUAGGAGGUGGCAGCGCUCCUGCUCCUCCAACUAAAGCUGAAAAUACGUUUUCGGUAGAUACCACUCUUGAAGCACCAGCUCUUUUACCAGAUCCAUACAUCAUGCAAGUUGUAGUUGUGAAUCCAAAUGAUCCGGCCGAUCCACAAAAGGAUAUAAUAGGCUGUAUAGGAGCGGUUGUUGGUACUAAUGUUGGUCCUGGUGGUCUUGAAAGUCCUCCUAAUGGUUCAGCCAAUAAAAUUGCAGUUGGCGAUAGUUUUCUUGUCCUUUAA